GUUUUCUACCUAAAACUUACCCGGAAAAUUUUUCACCGCCAUUUUCCCGGAAAAUUUGUUCACUUUCUACUACUCUGCUUCUUACCGUUUGUAUGCAUCUCCUGCUUGUGGAAAUUAUUUCCCCCUUUUGUUAGUAGGGAGAGGGGCAUUUUGGAGAUUGAAAAUGGGGCUUGAGUGUGUGCACUGAUGUCAUUGUUCUGGAUUGUGAUUCGUCAACUUGCAGAGAUCGAGGCAAUGGCCGCAUCAAAGAAGGUGAUAACAAGAGAAGAGUGGGAGAAGAAGCUCAGUGAUGUCAAGAUUAGGAAAGAAGACAUGAAUAAGUUGGUAAUGAAUUUCCUUGUUACCGAGGGUUAUGUUGAAGCUGCUGAGAAAUUUCAAAUGGAGUCUGGAACUGAACCAGAUAUAGAUCUCGCAACCAUAACUGAUCGCAUGGCUGUGAAGAAGGCAGUACAAAGUGGUAAUGUUGAGGAUGCAAUUGAAAAAGUGAACGACUUGAAUCCCGAGAUACUGGAUACAAAUCCCCAAUUAUUUUUCCAUCUUCAACAGCAACGGCUGAUAGAACUAAUUCGAAACGGGAAAGUAGAAGAAGCUCUAGAAUUUGCCCAGGAGGAGCUUGCACCAAGGGGGGAGGAAAACCAAAGCUUUUUGGAAGAGUUGGAGAGGACAGUUGCAUUGCUUGCCUUUGAAGAUGUCUCUAACUGUCCUGUUGGAGAGCUUCUUGACAUAUCACAGCGGCUAAAGACAGCAAGUGAGGUGAAUGCAGCCAUACUUACAAGCCAAAGUCACGAAAAAGAUCCAAAACUUCCAAGCUUGCUGAAGAUGCUGAUAUGGGCCCAAAACCAGCUGAAUGAGAAAGCAGCUUACCCUCGGAUAAAUGAUCUAUCCAAAGCUAUAUUAGAAGAUCCUGCUGUCUGAAUACUUGCCGCAUUUUAGGUUUCGCAUGGAGCUGUUAUGGUCAUUGCAUUGAAAAAUUAUUGGUGUACUUGAAAGAGAAAGGUACUGUCAUAAUUGGUGUCCAUUUCUCCUAGGUAAUGUUUUACCCCGUUGUACAAAGAGAUUGUCAAACAGAAAUCAAUUCUUUCCAUCAGGUAAUCGAUUGUUUAGACAGAUA